GUACAUUAAAUCGUAAUGUACAGAUGUACUAGAAAUUUAUUUCGCCUUUUAAAGUGUAACUUAUUCAAAAGCUUCUAAUAAUUCUUCUUAGUAAUCGAAAUCAGCCGCCAAAACCUCAUAACAUUAAUUUUGCUUUUAAGUUUUAAGAUAUUUUUUUCCUCUCUCACUCUCUACCAGUAGGCAAUCGACUUUUUCUUAUGAAUCUUAGCUGUUAAGUCACGGAUAAGCCAGAGCGAGAACCUUUUUUCUUGCAAUAAGUUUAUAGCUCAUAGUAUAAAUAUAGUUAAUUUAUAAUCCUGGCCUGACGUAAGGUAAUUAAUAUGUGACUGAAUUUGAAUCAUUACGGUUUGUAGAAGACAGAUAUUAUUUAUGAGGGACAAUAUAUUCUUGAAAAACUCUCUUGCACCAGAAGCAAUGCUGAAGUAAACAUAAUAGCUGGUGAAGUAUUUAUUUACACUGAGUGCGGGUGAGACCUGUUUCUCGGCGCCAGCUAAAAAGAGAGAAAGAGAAGCGCUUGCCAAAUUUGCAAAUUACAAAUUCAAAACGUUGUCAGAGGAGUUGAAUAAAGUUUAAAACUUGCGCGAAACGUUGUGAAGAGACUUUUCAUAAACUUUUACAGAACGCAGCUAAAAUAAGUUUGGAAACACGGUUUCGCAGGUUAUACUGACGAUCUGUUUUUGAAAGCGAGUAUAUAAAUUACGAUAUUGAUUAAGACCACCACAAGCUCUAUAUAACGUAAAUAGAUGUUCCGCAAAAACCGCAACUAAAACAUCUUUCAAGGAGUUAAAAAUGGCCAAUUGAGAUUCAAGAAUCACCUUUAUUUUCUUCAAUCAACAAAACGCAGCCGCAGAUCUCCCCAUGUUUUUUUCUCACCGUUAUGAGUAGAUCUCUUCAUAUAUUGUUUGAACGUUAGUUAGUGCUGGUUUUCUUGCAUUCUACGGUUAGAUGACGCAGAAUAUUGUCAGAAUAUAUUACGGUAAGUGAAGAUAUUCCUUGUUCGAGUAAAUGAACCUAGUGCGGCGAAUUAUGAUUAUCUUUGAACUCUUCACAGUGAGUUAUGACUGUGAAGUUCUGUUUGCCCGCUUCUUUGUUAUCACAUAUAUGAAGCAGUGGCCAUGAGCAGCUCUUUAUGGAUUACUGACCAGCACACGAAUUGUUUCACCUGUUUUGUUGACCGCGUACAUGGGCAACGCUUUUAAAGCCAUGUAGACUUAAAUUCGACCAAAUUCCUAAUGUCUUUAUUCUCUAAACAUUUUCUUUUUACUCUUAUGACAUUAAAACGUGUUGCAGUUCGCUAUUUAAUGUAUAAUGAGGUUUUCAAACUAAUUGACAGUUUUUGGACGGAAGACCUAAUGUGCUAAUGACGUACUUUGAGGCUCUUUUUGUGUAUUACCGCAAAUUUGCAACGAAGACGGAACAAUAAUAUGUUAAUUCUACGACCGACUAACAAGUUUUAAAUUACUUACACCACAGUGCCAAAACAUUGUCGCGCUUUCCUUAUUCUCAAUUUGUUGUCGAUUUGGAAAUAUUGUCUUCAAUCUGUUUAGCGAGCUUUGGCAAAACUGACUCAGGCCGCAAUCAACCUGAAAUUCAGGCUACCUGAUAUCUCCCCGCCUGAUAUUGACGAGGCCGGAUUUACGAUUUGUAAAGAAUCUGCAAGUCAAAACGAGAGCACACUUGAAGGUUAGUCACUGCAACAAGAAAGUUGUAUAUUCUUUUUCUAUAAACAAGUAUUUUAUUUGAUAGACAGUAUAACUCUACCAUUUCCGACACAUUUGUUAAAAGUUUGUCGUGAAACCAUCACAUUUUUUUUUUGUCGGACAAUACUGCCUCGUCAUGUUUCGCGCAGAAUCAAUACUCGAGUGGUUUUUAAGAGUGUUUCUGGUAAUACAAUUUUGUUUACAGUUUCGCUACAGCUUUUGAACCUCCAGCAAGCUGAUGGGAACUUAUUUGUUCACCGUUAUUACUUGAAUUUCCUAGAAUGAUUGUUUCCUUGAUCAGGGCUGAUUUGUCUUCAUUUUUACCGUUCAUAAAUAUACAUUACCUAUUCUCGAGUUAAUAUAUUAUCGAAACUUGCAUGCAAUUUCAAAUUAUGACAACAUCCGUUUGCCGCACUUCAUCAAUCGGCCGCACAAUAGCUUGGGAGCAUCCUCGUCUUCCUUGACUGACUACUACACAAUAGUUUAAGUUGAAUUUCGCUGUUUGACGUGAUUUGUUCGCGCUAGAGUUCAUUUUUAAUAUACCUCCUGCAGUAGCUUGAAUGAGGGCGGUUGAAUUCGGUAAUCGUUUUUGAUGAAUCGCUUUCGGCAGUCCUGCAAUAACACCCACGCAGUGUCUGGUGUAGUCUGUUUUGCUUUCGCAUUGAAAUGUGUUAUCCUGUAUCUCAGUUUAUCUCUAGUAACAUCAAAGAUCCUGUCAAAACAUUGUUUAAAAAAUUUCCGCCAAUAAUACAAAUCACCCGCCGUUUUCGUGUCGAUUACGCAGAAUAAUGAAUGUGGUGAUGUUUUAAAACUCUGGCGAAGAGAGCCCGGGCUUUUUGAAACAUUAUGUACACAGCGCAAGUACGUGCUCUAAAGACAUCGUCUGUGAUUAUUUGUCCCAUUCUGCGGUAUUUGGAGCUCCUUUAAGCAUCGAAUUGCUCAUUGUUCAAUCACAGGAUGAAACCCGCGCCCGGACAUUGUGGCCAUAAAAACGUUAUAGAUGCAUGCAAGUUCCUUGAACAAUGACAGGUCAUAUCGAAUUGUUCCCUAAUAAAUUUAGGAAAGGCCACCAAAUUUGAGGUCCAUCUCUUCAAUGGUUUUAAAGCUAUAAGCGUUUAAAGCUCAUGAGGUCUUCAAAAGAUCGCCUGGACUGAAUAAUCAGAUUCAACUUCGUAUAAUAAUACCACAGGAAAAUAUACGAUUAUCAAGUAUUAUUUCCUAUAUUUUAUUAAGAGGAUGAGUUUUAGGGUGAAAUUCCCUUGCAUUGAUUAUUCCAAGAGCUUUUAUUUACGGGAAAAUGGUGUAUAAUUUUACUUUGAUCACUGUAAAUGUAUUCCCUGCCUUUAAUGCAAAUAAAACGCGAUUUAGAGCUCUUUCACCAAUUGUAAUAUCAUCUUGAUAAUAAAGUAAUGCAAUGUAAUGAGUUUAAGGAAUAAUUGUGCAGUUGUAUUAGACUUCAUUACUGCGGCCCCGAUUUAUGUUAAUGUUUAUUAGUUGAGAAUGAUUUAUGGAUGCUUUUAACUUUAGUUACUGAUAAUAGCAAACCAGACGUUAAUGGCUUUUGGAUUUUGAGUGAGUUACUCGUGAAAUGACAGGGAUUUAUUGGGAAGUUGACAGGGACCAAAGAUGGAAAAGUAUUACAACAAGUUGGGCUUCUUUUGUUUUCAAGUGGGCUUUGCAGUUGUAUCUUUUGACGGAGAUGAAAAUUGCCUUAAAUAAUUGCUUUCUUUAUUCAUUUCGAGAGCACGACAAUAUAUUUCCCAAAACAAGGCAAAUUUCCUGCGUUUCAUAUUUCAGGAAAUCCCACUGACAAUGUUCCUGCAAUGAAAAUAAUUUGUUGACGUUUUCCUGAAAAAAAGCCAGGAAAACCAUUAUCAAUGCUUGCAAAGAAAAUGAGCCUCAUAAAAGAACGCGUUGUAACUCUGGCUUCAAAUAUUGUUUCAGAUUUGUAUGUCAACACCUGAAUUUGGAGACUUCUUGCUUCCAAGCAGAUUUUAAUCCAGUACGCGGCUUCUUCAGCGGUGUUUACAAUGCAUGGUGUCCCUGAAAGGCUUGUCUUUUGCCUUCUGGUCUGCUCUUAUUUUUGGCUCGUCAAUGGCAAAACUCGUCAGAUCGAUUCAAGUCAUCAUUCCAGAUUGGCCCGGCAAGUCAGGGAAAUCAGGUCACAUCGAGAUACUCGUCAAGCCCGUCGAAAUCGUCAGUCAGAUCAACCCGAGACGAAAUGUAAUUACAGCAUCGCUCUGCUAGACUUUCCACCUUACAUUAUGAACUCAAGCGUCGAAAAGGGCUUUAUGUACGACAAAAUAAAGUGGUUUGUAGACUUUACGUGCUUCGACAGACAAGAAAAUGAUCAAGAAGCUUGCAAAAUGGUGCCCAUAUAUGUCCGUAGUUGGGUGGAGAUCGUUGAAUUGAUCAAAAACAAGAGCGUGGAUUUCGCUUUUCCCAUUCAAGCGGACGCGAAGGCAGCGCUUAACGGUAAAUCCGAUGAGACGCUCAUCCGUGCAUUUGUAUCAUCGGGUUGUUCAAUGAUUGUAAACACUAAAAUAUGUGAGGCUGAGUCGCGGGAACAGUUAUUGACUUCUAUUACGUCACAGUGGCCAAUCCUUGCCUGUAUCAUACUGCUAUCUGGGAUUUCUGGAGUUGUUAUCUGGCUACUGGAACUCAGCGUAAACCAAGGACAUUUUCCAUCCUCUUUUACAGCCGGCUCACCUGAGGGGUUUUGGUGGGCCGUGGUGUCACUUACAACAGUAGGAUACGGUGAUAAAACCCCAAAAUCCUCCCUCGGACGCUUGUUCGGUGUAAUCUGGAUCCUUGUGGGAGCGAUCAUGCUGUCGUUGUUUACUGCCUUGUUCACAAAUGCUAUGCAAGCGGCUCUUGAUGGCACAAAAUGUAAAGACAUUGAUGGAAAAGAGAUGGGUGUUUCUGUAAUAAAUACCGAAACACAAGCAGUUGCAAAGGAGUUAAAUGCAGAAAUUAUCAAGUUUAAGAACCUCGAAGAAAUGCAAAAGAAUCUUAGCCAAGGAGUAGUUGGAAGAGUUCUCGUGGACCGGAACACGGCAUUUCACUUCCUGGAUAAGUCUGGCUUGAAAAGAAACAGACAAAUCCGACUAAUUCGUAAUAUCGAGUAUCCAUUGGAUUAUUACCUGGCGCAUGUGAGUAAGGAAGUGCUUCCAACCCCUUCAAUGUCAUCAAAUGACACGGACGACUCCGACAAAGAACUUGUGAAAAGAAAAAGGCAACUAGCAGAAUGCGGGCCAACAUUGAAAGAAUUAUCAGUGGACUUGGUCGGCGUCGCCAAAACAACUGCAGAAGAGCAACUUAUACCUGCAGAACUGCAGACCGCAGACUUGUCAGAUGAAAUGGAAGGAUUGUUUUCUACUGGCUCAGAAAUGACCAAAUUUAUUCUGUUCUGUCUUCUUGGGAUAUUCGGCCUCCUGAUAGUUCUCGGUAUAACAUGGGAGGUCUUUACCAAGUGCAAUGCAAAGGUUGUUAAAAGAAGAAAAGAUCCACACCAGCGUCAGGGCGAAUCCGAGAUGGGUAACUUAAUUCCCCUCAACAAGAAAAUGUCCAUGAUGCAGAAUUUUCUGGAUUUAGAAGAAAGACUCAAAGACUUAACAACUGAUCUACAAAAGUUGAAAGAGGAAUUUGCCAGUACUAUCGCACACAUGGACACAGCCAGAACCCAUCGUCAAUUCGAUGACGAAGUUCCAAACAAGAAAAGUUCAUUCUUUAGCUUGUUGAAUGGAAAAAGUAAUAAUACGGAAACUGUACUUUAGCAUUCCCAAUAUUUAGCUAUCAAUCUAAGUCCGCAUUUCCUUUACUGCGGGCUAAACUUUGACUAAUAACUAAGUAUUCCCUGAUUCUUUGCGUGAUAGAGAAGGUACUUAAUCUGCUGCACUGAAACUGGGUAAACAUGGUUCGAAUAGCUAUUUUUACUUUUUUAGCCUGAAAAAUUUACAACAUUGACAUCCAUCACCUCGCCUUUUCAACUGAAGUUGACCGCUUCAGUAUAAACCCCAGUUUCUAAUAUCAUCUGAGAGAAACUUUCCUUCGCACGACUAAUAAAUUCCGAUUGACUGUUUUUUGUAUCAUUUACAUCUUAGCGAAAAGUACCCCAGGACUGGGGCAAAUGUUCAAAAUUUAUAGACAAGAUUUGGUCGGGUAACAUGCCUUCCAAACCAGAAAAAAGGAAGUUAUAUUCAACUCCCCUUCCAUAAAUGUAUUUUUGAAGUUAACUUGAGUGACUAUAGAAGCAUAUUUUUUGUAACAGUAGAUAUGCUCUAAAAUUGAAUCAUGUUUACAAUAUUCAAAUAUCAUUAACGUAACUACUUUAUAGUGAAGAAAUAGUAUAUCAGUAUCAGUAAUACAAUGUUAAGCGAUAUUAUAACACAGUAGUGUAAUGAACAAGCCAAAAACUUAGCAGUCACUGCCAAUCAAGAUGUGAUCCGGUAACGCGGCUUGACAACAAGUUAGCGUGGAAAAAGGAAUAGUGGUGUGGUUAAUGUGCCUAUGUUAAAAAUACAGGAGUAUGACUCCAGAACGUGAAUUUCUGAAUAUGACUAUUAACAUAAUCAGACUUUAAAACAGUUUCUGCAUAAAUCUUGCGGCAGCGUUAAUGGCAACAUUGUUCAAAUUUUUAAAUGCACUUUUGUUUUAUGUACAAAAUAUAUAUAAAGCAAUUCUUGUCCCUCCGAUGGCUUUGCUGUUUGCUGUUUAUAAGAUAAAAUGUUUAAAGUCGUAUGGUGACAAAAACUCAGAACGACGCAAUCAAUAAUUAUAAAUUUGCUGUAAAUUUUAUUUUAGGCGUAUGUUGUAAAUGAAAUGACAUUUUAGAAUCAA